AUGGGCAUGAAAGGUCAAGGGCGCCCGCCCCCCAAUUCGGGCAUGGAGGUGAAGACGGCCAACAAGCUACGCCGAAAGAUGUUGCACAUCAAGCGCAAGAGAACGAAGGAUGCCGAACGCCGCGCCGAGCGCUACGCUUUUAAAAAGGAAGAAUCGAAGAAUCCGAAACUGCGAGAAGAGCGUCUUCGCCGCAAUGUGCCUCUUACACUCGAGCGAAAGCGUGUCUGGGACGAUGCUGGCAGCGACGCCGAGGAGGACGGCCUGGGGUUGAGUGUGGAUAUUGAGCGUAUCAAGCGGGCGAAGCAGGAAGAAGAGGAGGAGUUGAACCGUCCCUUGAAGGACGGUGAGGACAACAGCGAUGAUGCGGACUCUGACAACGAAUCCGUGGACAGCAUGAUUGCCACAAGUGACGAGGACGAGGACGAUGAGGACGAUGAGAAGGAAGACGCGGAGGACGACGACAAUCAGGCGGGUCGUGGACGUAAAAAGUCAUGCUUGCCCACCGCUACGGAACGAGCCACCAGUCCAACACAAUCCACUCGCAGUACCAACUUGAGUCUCGCUCCUGAAGCCCUGGCUGCCAAAUUCCCCUCUCUCUUCUCCAACGAAACUCCCCCCGCUCCCAAGAUUCUGAUCACGACGGCGAUCAACUCGACCCUCCACAACGAAGCGGAAAUUCUGACAGACCUGUUCCCGAACAGUGUAUACAUUCGACGAACAGCUCACCGAUAUUCGCACAAAUUUUCCAUCCGGGAAAUCUCCAAAUUCGCAGCCAAUCGCAACUUCACCACCGUGGUGGUUCUACAAGAAGAUCAAAAGAAGCCGAGCGGAUUGAUUGUCGUUCAUCUGCCCGUUGGGCCGACCUUCCAUUUCAGUAUCAGCAACUGGGUUGAGGGGAAGCGGUUGCCCGGGCAUGGUCGCGCGACCGGCCACUGGCCCGAGUUGAUUCUCAACAAUUUCCGUACUCCUUUGGGCCUGCUCACUGCACGCAUGUUCCAGCAAUGCUUCCCACCAUUGCCUGAUUUCGAGGGACGUCAGGUUGUGACCCUCCACAACCAACGUGAUUACAUCUUUGUUCGCCGUCACCGCUACGUGUUCCGCGAGAAGCGCGAGACUGAAAAGGCCGUCGUCGGUGCAGACGGAAAGGAAAUGCAAGGUGCCGAGGGUAUUCGAACUGGAUUGCAAGAGCUUGGUCCACGAUUCACGUUGAAAUUGCGACGUGUGGACAAGGGUAUCCAGCGAACUAGCGGACAGGAGUGGGAGUGGAAGGGUGGAAUGGAAAAGGAACGGACGAAGUUCCAACUCUGA